AUGAAUAAACUUGCUACGAACGUGCGUGAAGGCUUCGUGAGUCCACGAGGCCUGGCCAAGCUCUGCCAAAUCCACUCACCUGAACUUUGGGACAGCUUCAACAAGAUGCGACUGCACCAACUCCAUCACCCAUUCCGGAGGCUCUUGGCCAAACUAAAACGAAUGAAAAGACUUUGUGGUCACACACUUGAACUGUUCUUUGUCGUCUGCCGGCAACUGCUCAAAUGGAUAGUCAAUUCCAAUAUCCGUUCUCCGCCAGUUAUCACCCGCUCGACUCCGCCCAUCCCAAUUGUCCUCGCGCACCAUCGUCAACUCUGUGUCGAGCGAUAUCCGGACUCGAGCAUCACCAGGAAGUUGGAAUGCUGUCCGGUUGUAGAAAGAACGCAUGACUGA